UUAGCUUUUCUCUUGCUUUACACACUCCUUGUUAGUCGUUGGUCCAAAAACAACAAAGGAAAACCCAUAAAUCGGCUUUUGUUUGACAGGACUGCACGAUUUGUCCUAGAAAACCUCUCUGUCCGUCAACUCCCAGCUGCUUCUCCUACCUCGGAGGAAAUGUACUUCAAGUGGAUAAGUGAGCAGAAGUUGAAGCCAGUCAUUGAUAAACUCAUACUAGAUGCAAGUCUCAUGUGGGUUGGGAAAGAGGGAAUGAAUUAUGCAAUGAUUUACUGUCAUGGAGGCGGCUAUAUAGGCCCUCUCUCUGAUUUUCAAAUUGAGUUCUGGCACCGUCUUCAAGUCUCCUUGCAAAGUCAAGAACCAGGAGUGCAGCUAGGCGUUGCUGUGCUAGACUAUUCUUUAUACCCUGCCGGCUUUCCGACCCAGCUACACCAGUUAAUUUCUGCAAUUACCCAAAUCAUAUCUUCUGGUCUUCCACCAUCCCAUAUCUUUCUUGCUGGAGAUUCCGCCGGAGCCAAUAUCAUCAUCCAGCUCAUCGGUCAUCUCCUUCAUCCAUCUCCCCAAAUCACUGAACAUUUGGAGCUUCCA